AUGCCUUCUCUGCUCCCGAACCGUACACUCGCAGAUCUCAGAGAUUCGUUUGCUCACCAGAACCUGGAGAGGUUGUCUAGAUUCGAGCCUCCGUCUCCUCCCCCCACAAAUGCCUACGACGAAAUCCGCGGCUCGUUCGUUCUCGACAAACUAAAAGAAUGGAGCGCGAAGAAUAAACCCAGCAUUGAGGCUGCCAUGAAGGCCCAGGUCUUUGGCGCCAAGGGCUCCAUCCAGUGGACCAACGCAUUCUUGCCUUUCAUGGAGAGCACGGCUGUCUAUCUUCGCGACUGGGGCUUCCUGCUCGAAGCUUGGCGCGAGAUCCGGGCCUACAAGAACGCGAAAGUCGAUGACUUGUCUCGCUAUCAGAAAAUCGUCGAGCUUCACAACAAGGCGUACGAGCAGAUCGACGAGCUCGCACAUGAGUGGGGCAUGCAUUACGUUCACAUCUGUGAUCUCGUCUCUGAACACCCACAGGGCAAGCCGUACUGGGACGGACCGUUCUGCGGAGCAUUUUUGCCCAACGACCCAGCGACAAGCAGCCCAUUUAUCGGUCUCGCUUUCAAAGGAACGAAUCCUUUCCAGCCCGAGGAGGUUGCCGUCGACUGCUGCUACCAACUGAUAGAGGCGAGCAAAGAACUGGGACACCAACAGGUGUCCGUGGGCGUAUACACUGGUCUUUUCGGCACGUUCAAUGUCCUGAAGACCUCUCCGUUUGCGUUGAUCUGCCAACAGCUUCGCGAGCUCACGCGCUUUUUCAAGAACCAACCAACGAGGCCCCGCAUCCAUGUGACGGGCCACUCGCUCGGGGGAUCCUAUUCACAGCUCUGCUAUGCCGGGCUGCUGACUGCCGCGCCCGAUGAGUUCCCUGAUAAGGCCACCAUGGGUGACCAGUACACCUAUGGCGCACCCCGCAUCGGCAGCCAGGACUGGGCGAGGUACAAUACCAAACUCGUAUCGAAGGCCGACGGUCAGACCUGGAGGAUUGUUCACAACGACGACCUUGUACCUCAGAUCCCUCCGACGUCGCUCCAGCCGAAACAGCUCAAUUUCCGCCAUGUAGACCAGGGCGUCAAGAUAUUCACAGGCAGGGUUCCGCAAAUCAUUCCCAGCGAGAUCGAGGAGCCUGAUCCCAAGGUUUAUACGAUCAACAACUGGGACGACUUCGUCAACACCGUCCUGUAUGGCGUGGAACAUCGUGAGUACUCUCUCCUCCAUUCCUCGGAUCUGCACUCAUGGCUUUGUUUCUAA